GACACACCGGCUCGUUUCUUAAUACAAUUGCUUUUGUAACCUAAUGAAAUAAUGACAUCAACUAAGAUGCAGCCUGUGACAUAAAAUAAAAUAUAGAAUUCGAAUACGUUCAAUUAAUUAAUUAAUUGUUCCACUUGUUUUGAGUUGUAUACAGGGAAUAGAGUAUUGAGAAGUCGGAAGCUUUCGACUGUAACCUUUUUACUUAUUUGGUUUAUUACCAUGUGGUUCGUUAGCCAAAGGACAAUAAAGUACCAGCGCAAGAGCAAAACCAAUUGGUGAGAUGAGUGGGUCAGGACAUACUACAAAGAGGCUCAAUAUGUAUAGCUAUUGUCGCCAAAAAGAGGCACAACACAUACAACAAUAGUUUUGGUCGCUUAACAAUGCACAUAGGUAUGUAUGUAUUUCAAUAUAUGUGCAUACUGGCCAGGAUAUUGCCAAAACACAAGCGGUGCUUUCUAUCCUUUGUGAAUAUUCAAUUGUUCUGUGGCAUCAAAUAGUUUCGUCAAAAAAAAGAAGACAUUUGAUGGACGAGUAAACAAUAGAACAACAAAAUAUGGCCUCGAAGAGAAAGAAAGAAGUCAAGCCAUGUUUCUCAGCAUACGGCUUCUUGAACUGGCAUCUGCCUAAUUUUGGAAUAGUACGAUAUAUAUUGGAGUCUGAAUUAAAUAAGAAAGUUCUUCAAUUGUAAAAUUGUUGUAUGAUACUUAAAUGCGUCUAAUGUUUAAAUUUAAUACACGUCUAAUUUAGAGCUGAGCGGGUGUACUUCAGCCUGCUAGGCAUGCUACAGACAUAACUUGUUUCUAAUACAGCAUUUAAUACUAAAAAUUCAGUAGGAAAAAAAGAGCAUAUACGUUUGUAUCCUGCUCAGUAUCUCACUGUCUUCACUUUUAUGCUUUGUUUGCCUUUCAUAUGAUACAAUUACAAUUAUUUAAGUGAAUCAGUAUACUUAAAUUGUGCGAAUAAAUGCAUUAUGAGAGACCCAGACCUCAAUUGCUUUCAUAAACUUCAUAUGUCUGAAAACUUGAUACAUGUAGCUGCAUUGCAUUGCUUUAAAUAAAUAAUUUUGUAAAAUAGCAGUUACAGCUGCCAACACUUGUAGUUCCUUGUGCGCAGUCCUAAAACAUAUAUAUACAUAGUUGUACAAUUCACAUCAGUCAACUCAUCCAUAAAUUAUUUCACUUAUUGCGUCAGAAAUGAGCGAAAGAAAAAUCGUGGACGCUUCAUGUGUUCGCCAGAUGUGCAACUUACGGCACGAAAUUACCAGAUACCACAUUUAAUGAACUUUUAACGAUUUUUAGUGGUUGCAGCUCCUUAUUGUUAAUAUACCUCUGCAUAUUUUAGCAUGAUUGUGUACUACAUUAAUUGGGGCAUUUACAUAAAUGUAUUGAUAAUUUUAUUUCUAUAUUUAAAUACAGUAUAAUCGAAAAACCAUGGAUUUAAAAAAUGUGACUACUUUAAAAUCCAGUCAGAGCCGCGUUCUCAAUUAUAAAUAUAGUAUACAUUCAAAAGUUCAGCCUUGACACUUAUGGCUGCGGAAAGUUUUGACCUGUCCUCACAAGCCCUUUUUGAAGGCUUAAUUUUUAAAUAUACUUCGACGAUACAAUCCAUUUACAAUUUAAAAUAUAAUAUUAAACAAGGAUUGCAAUCAUGAUUAAAAAGGCCUGCUUUUUUUUAAAAUCGGUUUGUUUUCGACAAAGUUAUGGCAGUAGAACUAUAAGUUGGACUAUUAAAAACUGCUCUCAUCUGCAUGUACAAGUUAAAGUUAAAGUUUUUAACUUUGUUUGCUAGUUGUAAGUACAUAUUGUUGAAAUGUUUUGUGGUGGCCCUGUUCAGCGCUUGUGCCCCAUUGGUUGGGUUUUGCGUUGAUUAGCUUGUUGUUAGUUCUUUUUGGCUCAUUUUACAGUUUUCUCUUCUUAUGAAGGGCUCACAAAGACUGGAUAUUUAUAUAUUCCUCCCACAACUGUUGAAUAAACUUGGCAUAGCCGGACAACUCUAGCUAGUUCAAUAAAUUAUUUUUUUUAUUCAAGCUAUUUGUACUUACUAUACAAAUUAAGCGCUUCAAUUAUAUUUCUCUCUAAUACAAAUCACUUGAAAAUUAAAAUGCAUAAAAUAUAAAUUAUUUGCAACUCGACUUUUUACUUUAAACUUAUUUUAACUGAUUUCUGCUUUCAUGGGGAAUUUCUGUGGGUAUUCUUAAACACUGACAUCUCUGUGUACAUAGGUGAGGUUGUUAGGUAGGUAGUUGACUGAGAAUUUGUUGUCGUUGCCCAGAUAACAAAAACGUCACAAACAGCAACCGUAAAGAUGGGACUUGCACCUGAAUUAGCAGGGGAAAUAUCAUCUGGCAAUUAAAAAACCAAUUAAAUAUUAGUAAAGGGAGCCAGCACCUGGCGAGUAAGCUGAAAUGGGUUGUUUAACAUCCGCGCCCUUAUUGACGAUGCUCAUACUAGUUAAAUUGACGCUGAUGAUAACUUUGAUACACGGCCAUGGUCAUCACCACAGUGGUAAAACCUAUCACUUGGCUCUGUCAGAACUCGCUAGUGGUGCACAUUUGGUAAUGGAAACACACUCUGGUAAUGUGCUAGCACGUCCAGCGCGUGAAGCUAUGCAGGAGGGAAUUGCUGCAGUCCCCGCCAAAGCCCCAGAUGGCGACCUUAGUGGCGGAAAUAAGCGUGCUAAAAAUAGUAACAAGAAAUCAAACAAAUCUCAUAACAAGAUGCUGCAUGUAGGCGGUCACAAGCCUGUCACACAAAAAUCAUUUGUAUCCGCCGGUGAGGAGCAACUGCAGCAGGGUCAGCACAGCAAUGUCAAGCAGCAGCGACAAAUGCUGAAGCCUCAGCAUCACGAGCAUCAGCAUCACGCUGGUAGGAAAUCUGGAGCUAAGUCAAAAGCAUCGGAAAAAGCACCGACCUGUCGUUAUGCGAAGAGUUCAUGGACCGAGUGUGAUGCCAAGACCAAUAUGCGCACUCGAACUCUAAAUUUGAAAAAAGGCGAUUCCCACUGUCUGCCUACUCGGACAGUACAGAAGAAAUGCAAAAAAACUUGCCGUUAUGAGAAAGGGUCAUGGUCUGCAUGCAACGCUGGGCAGAUGACUCGUGAGGAUAAAUUAAAGGCAUCGGAAGACGGUAGUCAAUCAAUCUCUUGCAAUCUCGUGCGCAUAAUUAACAAAAAGUGCAAUCCCGGUACUGUACAAAAAUUGAUACCAGGCGACGUUCGCGACACGAAAGUGCGUAAGCACAAGGAGAAAGGUAUACGUCCUACAUCACCCCCUGCGUAAUGUUGUAAAAUGGGCGGAGAUGUAAAUCAACAAAGUAUUUAGAAACAGCACAUUUGUAGCAUUAAUUUUUUAAAUUGUUGAUUAAUAGGGCCGGUUCGCGCAAAGCAUGCAUAGUAAUAUGUAGUAUAUAUAUAUUUUUAUAAACAGUUUAAAAUAUUUCUUUUUCAUGUGGACCUUUAUAAGAUUGUUCAUUUUAUUUGUAUGUCGUUUGUAUAUGAUUCAAGAAUGCAGUCAAAUUCCUGAGGGACAAUAAAUACGACACUGAUUAUGAAAAUGA